AUCCAUUUUUUCUUGAAGCAAUCCUUCAAUUCAGAAAAAUUUCUGCCCAAUUCGUACAUGGGGGUGUAACUAUGUAUACCGUACCCCUCGUACACCCUGUAACGGGCCAACUCUACACUUUCUCAGCCACAAAUCGUUAAAAGAGAUAUUCAGAUGGAUUAGUGAUAAAUUCUAAGCCAUGCAUGAUAACUUCGUCUGUUCGAGCGAUUCCCAGUUGUUCUGCAUAAUUCUAACAUAAAACUUGCUCAAAAUUGAACACACGAAAAGGGGGAAAUUGAAACGCCAUGCUUCCUUCUAUUGAUCUCAAAGAAUUUCAAGAAAAAUUAUCUACAGGGUUUAGACCCUUUCAGCGUUCAUUUCAGUUCUGGGUUCGAGCAGUUGAUAUCUACACUGGUUACAAGGUGUUUCAACUUAAAGUGAACUUUGAGAAGGAUGCGGCGAAGAGGGAAACAAUGUGGGAGAAGCAGCACGAAUUUGCGGCUGAUAAGAUUUAUAACAUGUGUACUGAUCUUGGUGGGUUCUUCCUCAAGGUCGCCCAAAUUAUCGGGAAACCUGAUUUGGCCCCGGCCGCUUGGGUGAAAAGGCUAGUCACACUAUGUGAUCAAGCCCCUGCUACCCCAUAUAAUGUUGUCAAGAUUAUUUUGGAGAAGGAGCUGGGUCGAAGUAUUGAUGAAAUUUUUGAAAGAAUAGAUGUAGAACCCCUUGGUUCCGCAUCAAUUGCACAGGUAUUUCUCUCAUAUGCACAUAUUCUACUAUCUCUGAACUUGUUUACUAGAAAUUGGUCUAAGUGAAAACUAUUCACUUUUUUCUAUAUAUUUCUUUUUAAAUUGCAAAUACAAACUGAAUUUGUUAUCUCGGACGAAUGGUUUUAAUUUGUGAUACAAUUGUAAAGUACACUCUUUUAUACAAAUUGCAAAAAGAGAACUAAGAAAAUUCUAAGUAUCUUCUGCUUCAGUUUUUUGCUUUUCAGGAUGAGCCAUUGAGGUAAUGGUGUCUGUAGUUUUGCAACUCCAUCUGAUGCUAAACCUAUCUCCAAAGAGAUUGCAGUUAAAAAUGAGACUUAAAUCUUAG